CCGCCAAACUCUAUUUAGGUACUAUCAAUAAUAUUAAUAAAGCUUUAGUUGUGCGACUCUUUAAAGCUCAGGUACAAAAGCCGUCAUAAGCUACCAACUACAACUACACGACGACCCGUCGAACACCGGAGCCUCUCCUUUAUAGCAAGGGACAAGGGCACAAAACAGCCAAUUACACCAACAAGAAGUAAACGAAGGACACGGACAGACACACAAUGGAUAUUAGGCGCCUCGAGGCGCGGGACAUCCCGCUGAUCCAGCAUGCGAACCUGGAAAACCUACCCGAGAAUUACUUCAUGAAAUACUACCUAUACCACGCCCUAUCAUGGCCUCAGCUCAGCUACGUCGCCGUCGACGUGUCGCGACCCAAGAAGACCCCUUACGACUACCCCAAGAUCGUAGGCUACGUCCUUGCUAAGAUGGAAGAGGAGCCCUCCGACGGCGUCCAACACGGCCACAUCACCUCGCUAUCCGUCAUGCGCACCCACCGCCGCCUAGGCAUCGCCGAGAAGCUCAUGAGGCAAAGCCAACUCGCCAUGGUCGAAACCUUCGGCGCGCAAUACGUAAGCCUGCACGUGCGCGUCUCCAACAAAGCCGCCAUCCACCUCUACACCAAGACCCUCGGCUUCGACCAAGAGAAGACCGAGCCCAAGUACUACGCCGACGGCGAGGACGCCCACUGCAUGCGCCUCGACCUGUCCUCCAUCCGCGACCAGAUCCGCGACGCCCAGCUCGACAACGACAACGACGACGACGACGACAAUAACAACAACAACAAUAACGACGACGAGGGCGAUCCCGUUGGCGACGCCGGAAAGGCCGACAGCAAUAAAGAUCCCCUGCCCAGUCGCCCCAAGGAGACGAAGCGCAAGGUCAAGGUGGGCCGCGCGCUGGGCGUCCAGGCCUUGGUCGAGAAGGAUGAGAGUAGGCAUUCUUAGAGGGAGUGUCUUUGUACGUGAAGUUGGGGCGGGGGGUUGAGGAGGCUAUGCCGUAUAGCAGGGAAAGAUGACUCGGGAACCGUACAUGUUCUUUUGGGGACUGGUUUUUGCUUGUGGCAUGGCAUGGCAUGGCAUCAGUUGAAUAGCAUUUGCCCCUGGUUCGGAAAAGGGCUAGUAUACCUAGGUUCUCCUUGAGAGUCAUGUUGUUAUGUCUAGGUGCAUAUUCUAGACACACUUCAUGUUUUUACGCAUAAGGCACGGGUGUUGAAGCGGAAAAGACAGCAUUCUAUGAGAU